CCACAGCUGUUUUAGGGCCCCGAUCAUAGGGGUUCCUUGUCUGGAGGAGGCAGCCUCCGGGCUGGGGAGGAGAAGUCGCUGCCAUCUCGGGCGGCCCAGGCGGUCCCCUGGGAUAGUCCACUUCCUGCCCUCAGUCCCUGGCUGAGUUUGGGCUCCCAGGUUCAGGGUUGGAAGUUGGACUUUUGAUGAUGUUUGACCCAGCAGCAGCAAUAGCGGGCAACGUGAGUUUGAAGUUGGGCUCAGCCUCUGUUUCUUCCAUCUUGUAAUCGCAAAGCGCACCUGGAGCAGGAAUUCCAGUCAUGUCUGUGAUGGUGGUGAGAAAGAAGGUGACACGGAAAUGGGAGAAACUCCCAGGCAGGAACACCUUCUGCUGCGAUGGCCGUGUCAUGAUGGCCCGGCAAAAGGGCAUCUUCUACUUGACCCUGUUCCUCAUCCUGGGGACAUGUACGCUCUUCUUCGCCUUCGAAUGCCGUUACUUGGCUGUCCAGCUGUCUCCUGCCAUCCCUGUGUUUGCUGCCAUGCUCUUCCUUUUCUCCAUGGCUACACUGUUGAGGACCAGCUUCAGUGACCCUGGAGUGAUCCCUCGAGCCCUGCCAGAUGAAGCAGCUUUCAUAGAAAUGGAGAUAGAAGCUACCAAUGGUGCAGUGCCCCAGGGCCAGCGACCGCCCCCUCGUAUCAAGAAUUUCCAGAUAAACAACCAGAUUGUAAAGCUGAAAUACUGUUAUACGUGCAAGAUCUUCCGGCCUCCCCGGGCCUCCCAUUGCAGCAUCUGUGACAACUGUGUGGAGCGCUUCGACCACCACUGCCCCUGGGUGGGGAACUGUGUUGGAAAGAGGAACUACCGCUACUUCUACCUCUUCAUCCUUUCGCUCUCCCUCCUCACCAUCUACGUCUUCGCCUUCAACAUCGUCUACGUGGCCCUCAAAUCCUUGAAAAUUGGCUUCCUGGAGACGUUGAAAGAAACUCCUGGAACUGUUCUGGAAGUGCUCAUUUGCUUCUUCACACUCUGGUCCGUCGUGGGACUGACUGGAUUUCACACUUUCCUUGUGGCUCUCAACCAGACAACCAAUGAAGACAUCAAAGGCUCAUGGACAGGGAAGAAUCGUGUCCAGAAUCCCUACAGCCAUGGCAACAUUGUGAAGAACUGCUGUGAAGUGCUGUGUGGCCCUUUGCCCCCCAGCGUGCUGGAUCGAAGGGGUAUUUUGCCCCUGGAGGAAAGUGGAAGUCGACCUCCUAGUACUCAAGAGACCAGUAGCAGCCUCUUGCCACAGAGCCCAGCCCUAACAGAACAUCUGAGCUCAAGCGAGAUGCCGGAGGACACCAGCACUCCUGAAGAGAUGCCACCGCCCGAACCCCCGGAGCCGCCACGGGAGGUGGCUGAAGCUGAGAAGUAGCCCAUCUACAGAAGAGACUUUUGUUUGCAUUUCACCAGGGCUGUGAGAGAUUUAAGGGGCGAAGAUAAACCCGAGACAGAGAACAAGCAAGCUGGUCUCCUUUGGUCUUUAUUCACCCGAUUGCACACUGGCAUUUUCUUGCUGCAAGUGUUUUUUUUUUUGUGUGUGUGUGUUGUUGUUGUUGUUUUUUUGUUGUUUUUUUUCUGGGCUCAAGGCAGUCACAGAAGAUGUCAGUGACCUCUGGUAACUGGACAAAUGGGUCUCUUGGGCCCUGGCACUGAUUUUCCACGGCCUCAGCCACGGAGUCUCCUUGGACUCCCCCUCCUUCCCUCCAGAUCUUAGCUCUCCCUGCUUGGGGUGGUUGGGCCAUUUGUGGGGUGAAAGGUUCUGAAGACUGGCUCGGUUCCUCUCCAGCUGCCACUUAGAUGAGCCCAGAGGCGGUCACGGAGGACUGUGGCCACGGAAUCCUAACUGGAUUCUCAGGGCCUUCAGAACCGAAGAGGCUGGAGAGUGGGGCUGAAGGAUUCUCCUGGCUACAAAGUGCCAACACUGCCCACACGUCCUUUCAGGAGUGGGGCACGUAGCGUCCACUUGUAUUUAUUCUUGUAGUUACUCCUUUAUCUCCCAUCCACUUUCUAACUCCCAGGCCCCACUCUUUUCCGAUUAGAGAUAUGGAAGUAAUUGCAGUAGAGGUAACAAUUUACAUUUCUUGUAGAUUCCCCGGAAACUUUUUUUUAAUACCAGUGCCAUUGUCAAUACGAAUUGAUGAGAUGCCAGUGGCAUCGCCCCUUGCACUCUGUCUCAUGUCUCCUCCUUUCCUUUUUCAUCGGCCUCUUUUUAUUUGUUUUCCUUCUGACUCUUGCUCCUGUUAGGGGCACGAAUGGCAGUAAUAAUAAAAGUCUGCACUCUGGCGGAUCCUCUCCUCAGAGGGAGGCCAAGUGCUCACUUAAACACUACCCCCCAGACUCCCUGUGUGAGGCCUGCAGAGGCCCUGAAUGCACAAACGGGGAAACCAAGGCACAGAGAGGAUCUCCUCUCCUCUCCUCCUUUCCUCUCCUCUCCCCCUAUGUCCCCUCAAAAAAGAAAAAAACGACAAAAAAAGACAACUAGUACUUCCAUUAGGGCUCGGCUGAGUGAGGAGGGAAAGCCCAGCACUGCUGCCCUCCUGGGUGACCCACUCCAAGGCCUUGGCCCACCUUGGGCUUAAUAACCACACCAGGGCUUCCGCCAAGCCUCACUCUUCCAGCACUUCCACCGGCAGAGUCCCAGAGCCACUCCACCCUGGGGUGGGCUGCGACCCCCCAGUCAGCUCUGCUCAGGACCUGCUCUAUUUCAGGGAAGAAGAUUUAUGUAUUAUACGUGGCUAUAUUUCCUAGAGCACCUGUGUUUUUCUCUUUCUAAGCCAGGGUCCUGUCUGGAUGACUCAUGGGGAGGGAGAUGUGUAAAUGCGAACUUUUAACCUAUUGGAAGGUGAUUAAACUGUGUCUAAUGCAAA